UUAAAUUAAUUGAUAUAUUUGAUUAAAUCCAAAGCCAGACAUUAAAAAAUUUCAUGAAAGACAUUUGUGUUCGUAGACGAGGAUUCAACAAUUUCUCACGAAAAAUUUCUGUGAGUGGCUUCAGAGUACAUAAUCUUUCUGUUACGAAUGACGAACAGAAGCAAAUUGCAAAUCACAUGAAACCAUGUACACAAUUUCAUAUCUCUCUCUCUCUCCCUCUUUCUUCAAUCGGGUGAAACAAACGAGAAAAACUUUCUGGGUCUGGCAUAAGACAAAGUUUGAUACAUAAUUUCCGAAAUAAAUAUUUCACAAAGAUUGUUUGCAAAUUAAAAACGGCUAAAAGGAAAUAGACAAUUUCAAAAUAGCAUUUUGAAAAGAACACUCUCAGAAUGACUCUAAAAUGGAAACGUGAAACGACAGAGCAAUUAAUCAAUUGUGUAAAGCAAAAUCCCUCCCUGUACAAUGUGAGCACACCUGGUUAUUUGGACAGGAAGGGUAAAGAUCGAACCUGGGAUAAAAUCCUUGCGAAGAUGGUGCGAUUUGAUCCGCAUCUAAAUAAAGAGGAAAUUAGACGUAAAUGGCGCAAUCUAAGGGUGCAAUUUAUGCAAGAAGAACGUAUGCUUAACAACACCAAGGAAGAUGGAACGUGCGGCAAUGAUGAUGUCUAUAUUCCGAAGCUUUGGUGCUAUAACCAAAUGAGUUUCCUGAAACCGCAAUUCAUUACCAGGAGGAGAAUAGAGAUUGUGAAACCUCAAGGGGAUAAUGAGGACAAUACAAUGGAUAAUCUUGAGGAUACCGAGAAUGGCGAUAGCACCAUGGAAGAAUGUACCAACAUAUCAACACAAAAUAAAAAAUACCCCCGACAGAUUAUGGAAAGAGUGUGGACGAGGGAACUUAUUGUGGCUUUAAUAAAUGAGUUGAAAAAGCAUGAGCUGUUGUAUAAUGCCAACCAUCCCUUGCACGCAGAUGUGGACAUGAGAAAUCAUGCUCUAUUUGUUAUUUGGAGUGAAUUAAAGAAAUUCAAUACAAAUUUAACAAUAAAACAUGUAAGGGUAAAAAUACGCGUCUUGAGAGUGCAGUAUAGGAAGGAAUUACACGAUCUGGAAAUCGAUAGACAGCGUGGCAAGCGAACAGAAACCCCCAAAUUGUGGUGUUUUAGGCUAUUAAGUUUCAUGAGACCCUAUACGGUAAUUCAGACAAACCUUACCCCAAAAGUUAGUUCAUGUUUAAGUGAGAUUUCGGAAUACAGUAACAGCAGUGAAGAUGAAAGUCCAUAUAAUGGCCUAGUUGAAAAAGCAAAUAGUGAAGAAAACUUGCUGCAAGAAAUGGAUAAAGAAAAAACAUCCAAUCUAGAUGAGGACAUUGAGGGCUUAUAUACCGAACCCGAAGUUGAUCUAAUAAAUAAUGAACGAGAAAAAUCAUAUGUGGAUGAAGACGUGGAUAAUAUCAAGACCUAUUACAAUGAACCCGAAGACCUGCAUCAUGAAGAAAAUAAUGAACAUUAUGAAGAAGAAAUACACCCCAAUAACCCUUAUAUUGCAUUGCCAGAAGAUCGUCAUCCAGAGUCAAAUAAAAGACCACGCUCUUUCAAUCAAAAUAAACAACACAGAAUAGCUCAAAAUAUUAAACCAAAUAAUAGAAUGACCAUUCAUGUCAACAAAAAUAUUGGCAGAUCAAGCAGGACGGAAUUGCUCCCAGCAAAUAGCAGAAGAAGACAAAUAGAAACCAAUGAAGAAUUAUUAAACGUUCGUGUCCAACAAAAUAAUACAUUUGAUUGGCUGGGCAAACAAGUGUCAUAUGAAAUUAAUUCCCUAAAAGAUGAACAAAUACAGCGUGAAACAAUUUGGAAAAUUCAAAAACUUCUCUAUGAGGCCUAUCGACAGGAUAGAGCAAAGAACUGUCCCGAUCCACUGGGGGCAAAUCAACGAGAAGGAGGGAGUUCAAAUCUAUGAUGUGCGAAAUAAAUAUUGAAACUGAAUCAAUAAAUUAA